AUGAAGCUCUCUCUCUCUUUACUUUCCUUCACGUCUAAUCUCUCUUGAUUCUUUCUCUCUUCGCUCCGAAACGUUCUAAUCCAGAUAUCGAUUUUUCCCUGAUUAGUUUCGUUUAAUUUUCUGGGUAAUUUUCCGUGUUUUCUCUGAUCCGAUCAGUUGAAAGCAGUAUUCGAUUCAGUGGGGGGACUCGAAAAUUGGAAAAAACGGAUUGGGUUUUCCCUUUUUCCUUUUGUUUUUCCCCUGGCGUGUUUGGUUACUGAGAAACCGCGAGAAAACCCAGGAUUCUGUUCAUAAAUCUCGCACACAUCGCCUUGAACUGACACAAACUUUAUAACACAAUUACCCAAUUAAAGGAAAAAAAAAAUACUUCUAAGGAAUCUCUCUUUAAUCGUAACUUUCCUCCGUUUUCUCGGUAACCAAACUGAGGGAGUUUUUAUUUUUUAAAAUUUUUUAUUAGAAUCCUUUCUAGGCGUUGAAAAUGUUGGGGACAGGUUUACAGUUCGGAACGGUUCGUGGUGAGGACAGGUUUUACAUUCCAGUGAAAGCAAGAAAGAAUAAUAAUCAGAACAAUAAUCAGCAAAAGCAAAUUCGGAGACUCAAGAGCGAUAACAAGAACAAUGAAAGCCCAGAUGCAUCGACGAAAUCCAUGGCGUCUGAUUGCAGAAAUCCCAUCUCCGAAGAGCCUUCUUCUCAGCCCUCUAUUACUCCUUCUAGUAACCUCGAGAGAUUCUUGGAAUCCACAACGCCUUUCGUUCCUGCUCAAUAUUUCUCCAAGACGACAAUGAGGGGUUGGAGAACCUGUGAUGUAGAGUUUCAGCAUUACUUCCCAUUGAAUGAUCUUUGGGAAUCAUUUAAGGAAUGGAGUGCAUAUGGAGCAGGGGUGCCUUUGGUCCUUGAUGGAAGUGAUUCUGUUAUUCAGUACUAUGUUCCUUACUUAUCUGGUAUCCAAUUGUAUGGGGAAUCUUCUGGCAGGUCAAAUACAAAGUCAAGGCAAACUAGCGAGGAUAGUGAUGGUGACUACUAUAAAGAUUCAAGUAGUGAUGGAAGCAGUGAUUAUGAAAUUGUAAAGGGCAUGAAAUUUUCUGGGGAGCAGCGAAAUCUUCACCAACUAACCAAUCAGACCUCUUUUAGAAUGGGCAGGUUAUCCUUGCAUGAUGAACAAAGUGCAUCACAAGAAGGUUUUUCAAGUGAUGACGGUGAAGCUCAGAAUUCUCAAGGUGUACUCCUCUAUGAGUAUCUUGAGCGAGAUCCUCCUUAUAGCCGUGAACCACUGGCUGACAAGAUAUUAGAUCUUGCAUCCCGAUAUCCUGGUUUGAAGACGUUAAGAAGUUGUGAUCUACUGCCAGCCAGUUGGUUGUCAGUGGCAUGGUAUCCUAUAUAUCGGAUACCCACGGGUCCAACAUUAAAAGAUUUGGAUGCUUGCUUUUUGACAUACCAUUCACUUUCAACACCAAUGACAGGUAGUGAAAAUACCCAGGCUCCAAUAGUGGUUUUCCCCAGGGAGAUAGAUGGUGUUCCAAAGUUCUCUUUAACUGUUUUUGGAAUGGCGUCUUAUAAAUUCAAAGGAUCCAUGUGGAUACAAAAUGGGAUCACCGAAUGCCAUCUAGCCAAUUCGCUGAUGCAAGCUGCAGACAACUGGCUUAGACGGCUUCAGGUUACUCAUCCAGACUUCCAGUUCUUUGCUUCUCAUGGCAUUUACUGCAGGUGAAGCCAGACGAUGUCUUGUGGUUGCAAUUCUCUCUAUUUUCAACUCCGUGAUCAUGAGACCUAAGAGAUUACCAUGCUUGGUGCAAAACCACUUCUGAAAAAGCGCAAAAAAGUUCUGGUGGCUCUGCUUGAAACACUCUUUGAGAGGGGUUUUUUAAUUGUGAAUUUGAUGUGAAAUGCGAAAGAAAAUAGAUGAAAAUUGGAAAAAAAAAAAAAGAGGAAAUAUA